GCAAACGAAUCUGCGCUGUCCGAACCAAAGCAAAGCUAGUCUCCGAGUUCACGUGCCAGCCCCACUCGCGCGGGUUCGAAACAUCCACGGACUCGCUUCCUUCGUUCGACGCCUGCACUACACGGUGGCUCGCCGGCGCGUGAUACGAUCUCUGCUUUUCCUGCUAAAGUACUUGUUAGGGACGGCUUUUUGAGUCUUCACUCUCCAUCAAUGGCGGUGUCGUGACUACCUCUGCAACCAUUUCUUUACCUGAACUGUCGGCAGUGGCUUAUAUAUAAAUCAGAAAGCAAAAGUGCAGGUACCGAAAAAAGGCCCUGAGAGUGGAGGAAAUGCUGAAGCUUUUCAGACUUUAUUUGUUCUUCUGCGGAUUCGUUUUGUUAUCGUCGCUCGUUCUCAGUGGGAAAUUUCAGCAAUUGUUCGUGAUUAUGCUUUGAUUUUUUAACUGGGCCGUGUUGGGAUCUGGAAGUAGUUCACUUGGGCUUGAGCUGCGAGUUUGGUCUGUCUUGAGGGUCUGUUUGGCUGCUGAGAAAACGUGGGAAAUGUUGGAAGAAGUGCUUUGAAUCCCGACGCUGUUAUUAGUUGGGGCUAGCGGAUUGAAAAGCAGAAGCCGUCGCUGGUCAUAACUUGGCUUACUUUUGAAAUAAGUGAAAAGAUGGCUGCUGAGCUUGUCAAUUCUGCUACAUGUGAGAAACUGACUGAAAUGGAUUGGACGAAAAGCAUUGAAAUUUGUGAAAUAGUCGCACGUGAUCAAAGGCAAGCCAAAGAUGUCAUUAAAGCAAUAAAAAAACGCCUGGGACAUAAGAAUUCAAAUACUCAACUAUUUGCAGUUAAUUUGUUGGAGAUGUUAAUGAAUAAUAUUGGAGAACAUAUACAUAGGCAGGUGAUUGAUUUAGGACUUCUUCCUAUACUUGUGAAGAUAGUGAAGAAAAAGUCAGACUUGCCAGUACGAGAAAGGAUUUUUCUCCUUCUAGAUGCCACACAAACUUCCCUUGGUGGAGCUUCUGGAAAGUUCCCUCAAUAUUAUGCUGCAUAUUAUGAUCUUGUGAGUGCAGGUGUGCAGUUUCCUCAACGGUCUCGUGCCCUCACAUCUAAUCAUCCUCCUUCUGAAAGAGACAAUAUUCAUAUACCUGUUGCUGAACUUGCUGCCUCUACACAUGAAAGGGCUGCACUGCAAGCAGAAGCUCAAACUAUCCCUGAAUCUAGCAUCAUUCAGAAGGCUAGUAAUGCAUUGGAGGUUUUAAGGGAAGUCCUUGAUGCUGUUACCCAAAAUGGUGAGGGAGCAAAGGAUGAGUUUACGCUAGAUCUUGUGGAGCAGUGUUCAUUUCAGAAGCAACGAGUAAUGCAGCUUGUAAUGACAUCUCGGGAUGAGAAAGCCGUUUCUAGAGCAAUUGAAUUGAAUGAGGAACUCCAGAAAGUUCUUGCAAGACAUGAUGCCUUUCUUUCCAGAAGGUCUGCCCUGCCAGCGAAUAAUUAUAACCAUGAAAAAAAAGAAGAGCAAGAAGAGGAGGAAGAAGAAGAGGAAGAAGACGCAGCCGAACAGCUUUUUCGAAGGAUACGGAAAGGAAAAGCUUGUGUGCUGCCUGAUGAUGAAAAGCGCUCAAUGGAGCAGCCCAUUGGACUGCUCGGGUCUGGAGUUCACCGUCCACUUAUACGACCGCUCUGUUUAGAGCCAUCACAUGAACCCCAACCACAUCCUUCAGCAGUUUCAAUCCCACCCCCACCUGCAAGGCAUAUUGAAAGGGCACGAUUCUUUCAAGAAAGCAAUUCAGAUGGUUCUGCUGUGGCUGACCACAUGAGAGGCCUCUCAUUGCACCGUCGAAAUACCAGCAGCUCUCAUAGUGGAAGCAUGGAUUCUAGUGACUGAUUUCACAGCUCAAAGGACUUGUUCUAUUUGUGGUUUUCUGAAAUUGGGCUCUUUAAGAGGGUCGAUGUGGUGAUUGUUUCUCAUUCUGCAGAAUUGAAGGUGCUUUCCUUGCUGUGUGUGUUAGGGAACAACUCAAAGAGCAUACAGCUACUGAAGUUCAUGAGGGAAGUAUGAAAGGUCUACAGCAUACUAUCUUUUAACAACUCUGAUCUUUCCAUGCCUCGUUUACUGAUGUAUAACUUGAAUUUAUUUAUGCAUGGUACUCUAUUUGACAAAAGACUUCAAUGUCUUUAAUGUUCUCUUUAUCCAACGGCAUUACUCUAAAAAAGAAAAAGAAAAAAAAAAUUGAGUUCUGUAAA